AUGAAUAAUAAUUAAACUUCUCAUGAAAAUUAAUCUUGUAAACACGGCAAGAAAUCUUUUUCCAUAACUUCUUUGUAAGCUGAUCCAAACAAACUGAGGAAUAAUAAAAUACUCAGCAAUAACAUUCAAAUAAGUCGAGGUGAUUCUAUGAGUCGAUUGUCAUACGUUGACAAAGAGGAUUACAUCGAUCAGCUUUAAAAGUUAAAAAAGGAUAAUAAUGUCCUACGAGUUGAGCUUAAGCAAGUUAAGUCUUAACUUAUGUAUUAUCAGAAAGAACUCGAUAGUUUAUAAUCAUAAUGUUAGGAAUCUGAUAACAUUUCCAUCCCACUUCAAUAGCAAGUCAAAAUCAAAUAACUUCUGAAGACUCUUCAACAAAAGGAAACAGAAAUCGAUUAACUCAAGAAACUAUUGAAAAUGGAUCAACUCAAUGAACAACAAGAAUAAUUGUAAAAAUUAAGAGCACUAUGUGAAAUACAAAAGUAGAAACUUCUCAACAGUGAAACUGAAAUAAUCAUUCCCUCUAAAACCAAUGUCUUACGAAAUUUGGAGGAAGACAAUAUUCGAUUAGUUUAAAUUGUAACUGCCCUUGAAGAAAAGUUGAAGGGCUUUGAUUAGAUUAAAAAAUAAAAUACUAUAUUUUAAAGCAAAAUUUAGAACCAAUAAAAGCUAAUUCUCCAAUUGUAGUUAGAAAUCAGAUAGUACAAAGAUAGAGACACCAUCUUCGCUAGUAAGGUUACUUAAUAGAAUAAGCAAGAAAACUUGAUUUAAAAAUUAACGACUGAGAUCAACAAAUUAAGUCAAUCAAGUCAGAAUCAAUAAACCUAAAUUGAUAAUCUAAUGGCAAAUCUUUCAAAUCAGUAAGAUAAAUAUGAGAAGAUAAUUAUGGAAAAAGAAGAGGAAGUCUUGACCUUGAAGAUUAAAAUCGAGAAUCUUAAUAAGAUGAUGAAUGAGGAUCACUCAGGACUUUCGGAACAGAGAAAUAGAAAGAACAGUAAGCAUACACCCUUAUUCAAACCGUCUUCGUUUGCCAACAUAAGUGGCAAUUUCAAAUUGAAUUAAGACUUUGUUCUUUCCUCUUAGAGAUCUCAGAGUGCAACGCAACGCAAGAAAUUAGUCUUGAUUACAAAACAGGAUCUCCAACAAGUUAUCAAAAUUCUAAAAUAUCAAUUACUUAUUAAUGGAAUCACUCUUAAUAAUAUCGAUUAACAUUUGUUCUGUUAGAUUUCAUAGGAAGAGGAUGUCCAAUUGAAAGAUUUGGUUGAGUCCUUACAGAGGUCUACCUUUAAGUUGAAUUAUCAAUAGGCCCAUUAAUUAGGUCUUUAUUUGAUGGAUUCAGAGGAUGGGAACGAGACACAAUCCAAAUAGAGGAUUCGUAGCAUAUUCAAAACUUUAGUUGAUAAUUAUCAAUUGCCAUCAGUUUAGGAGAUUGCUAACAUUAAAAAAGAGCUUUCACAAAUGUUUAAUGAAUAGGAAUACCAAUAGAUAAAGAGUCAGUUGGUGGUCAAAUUCGGACAUCAAAUAAAGAGGCUGCAGAUAUAUGAUUUGUUUGAGUUAUUGUAAUUGAAGGAUAUCAAAUUAUCGAAGCAGAUAAAGGAGUACAUGGAGGCUAUGUUUUUUAAGUUGAAUGAUCAAACACCUAAUGUGUUUUAGAUUGAUUAAUUGCAAUUGAUUUACUGUGAUGAUGUGUGA